AUGUGCCCAACUGAGAUGGGGACGCUGUGGCACCUUUGGUCCCCCGUGCUCAUCAGCCUGGCUGCCCUUUUCUCCAAAGUGACGGAAGGCCGCGGGACCCUGGAGAGCACCCAGAGGUUCUCCCUGCUGCCCACCUACCUGCCGGUGACCUACCACGUCCACAACGCCGACGUGUCCUUCUUCCUGAAGGAGUCCAACCAGGACAUCAUGCGCAACUCCAGCCUGCAGUCCCGGGUGGAGUCCUUCCUCGUCUACAAGUCCAUGCUCAACGCCACCUACGGGCCCUUCUCCACGCAGCAGCCCGUGCCCCCAGACCUGCUGCUGCCCUCCAACCCCUUCGGGUUCUCCAGCAAGUCCUCCCUGAACUGGAAACUGAAGACACACUUCCUGCGGGAGAAGAUCUACCCGAGCCGGCCCAAGGUGCAGAUCCUCUUCCACGUCGUGGGCAGAGACUGGGACGACCACAGGGCCGCGGAGAGGCUGCCCUGCCUGCGGGUCUUCGCCUUCCGGGAGACGAGGGAGGUGAGGGGCGGCUGCCGGCUGGGCGGGGACCUGGGGCUGUGUGUGGCCGAGCUGGAGCUCCGGGCAGGCUGGUUCAGCCCCCCGUUGGUGGUGGGCAGUCGGAAGCCCCUGGAGCAGCCCGCGGGGAGCCCCGUGGAGCUCUACUACGCCGUGCAGCUGGGGGCCGAGCGCGGGGACUGCACCAGAGAGGACUCCAGGAAGGGCACUGGCGCUCAGAGCAGCCACAGUGACAUCGACGAGACGGGGCCCCCUUUGCACCGAAUUGGGAGUGUCUUCCUCCACCAGACCCACAGCCCCCCGGCCCUGAGGGAGCUGCGCUUGGACAGCAACGUGGCUGUCCACUAUGUCCCGACCACGGUGCGGCAAGGCGCCGUGCUGACCUUCCCCGUCUCCAUCUCCAGGAACUCCACGGAGGACCGCUUCACGCUGAGGGCCAAGGUGAAGAAGGGCGUGCACAUCGUGGGCGUGCGCGCCAGCAGCCCCUCCAUCUGGGAUGUCCAGCAGCGCACGGAGUACGCUGGGAGGUACGCGCCCGCCGUCGUCAGCUGUCAGAAGAAGGCUGCCGGCUCAGAAGACAGCGCCGACGGCACCUCCUACGAAGUCAUGCAGAUCGACGUGCAAGUGGAGGAGCCCGGUGACCCGCCCGCCACACAGCUGGUCACGUGGCAGGUGGAGUACCCAGGAGAGAUCACGUCUGACCUGGGAGUGUCCAAGAUCUACGUGAGUCAGAAGGACUUGGUCGGAGUCAUCCCGCUGGCCAUGGAGGCGGAAAUCCUGAACACGGCCAUGCUCACGGGGAAGACCGUGGCCGUCCCCGUGAAGGUGGUCUCCGUGGAGGAGGACGGCACGGUGACCGGUCUGCUGGAGUCCGUGGAGUGCAGGUCCUCCGACGAAGACGUGGUGAAGGUGUCCGACAGGUGUGACUACGUCUUCGUCAACGGGAAGGAGAUGAAAGGCAAGGUGGACGCGGUGGUCAGCUUCACCUACCAGCACCUGAGCAGCCCUCUGGAGGUGACCGUGUGGGCGCCCCGGCUCCCUCUGCAGAUCGAGGUCUCAGACACGGAGCUCAACCAGAUCAAGGGCUGGAGAGUCCCCAUCGUCUCCAACAAAAGGCCGGCUCGGGACAGCGAGGAGGAGGAGGACGAGGAGAGGCGGGGCCGCGGCUGCACCCUGCAGUACCAGCACGCCACGGUGCGCGUCCUGACGCAGUUUGUGGCCGAGGCGGCCAAGCCCGGGGGCCACCUGGCCCACCUGCUGGGCUCGGACUGGCAAGUGGACAUCACGGAGCUCAUAAGCGACUUCAUGCAGGUGGAGGAGCCCAGGAUCGCCAAGCUGCAGGGAGGGCAGGUCCUGACUGGGCAGGAGCUUGGGAUGACCACCAUUCAGAUCCUGUCCCCUCUGUCAGAUGCCAUCCUGGCUGAGAAGACCAUCACUGUGCUGGAUGAGAAGGUGACCAUCACAGACCUGGGGGUGCAGUUGGUGACAGGGCUGUCCCUGUCCCUGCAACUCAGCCCAGGGAGCAACAGAGCCAUCUUUGCCACCGCGGUGGCUCAGGAACUUCUGCAGAGGCCCAAACAGGAAGCGGCCAUCAGCUGCUGGGUCCAGUUCAGCGACGGCUCAGUCACACCCUUGGACAUCUAUGAUGGGAAGGACUUCUCCUUGCUGGCCACAUCCUUGGAUGAGAAGGUGGUCUCCAUCCACCAGGACGCCAGGUUCAAGUGGCCUAUAAUCGCCGCGGAAACCGAAGGACAAGGAGCGCUGGUCAAGGUGGAGAUGGUAAUCAGCGAGUCCUGCCAGAAGUCCAAGCGGAAGAGCGUGCUCGCCGUGGGAACCGCAAACAUCAAAGUGAAAUUUGGCCAAAACGAUGCCAACCCCAGCACCAGCGACGGUCGGCACGUCGGGACGGGGAUUGACCUAGAAAACGACACUGAGGACCGGAGAGCCAAAGCACCCUGGCAGGAGCCGGGGAGCCCAGAAGGGCGGUACCUCGGUAGCUCUUCCAUGGGCCUCAUGGAGGGAAGAGGAAGCACCACCGAGAGGUCCACCCUCCAGAAGAAGGACGGCCAGGGGGGCCCACUGGACGGCGGUGUCCACCUGCAGACCUUCCCCGUGGACGUCACCAGCUUCCCAGACCCGGCGGAUCUCCCCAGGAGCAACGUGGAAACGGAGGAGAACGACCCGGCGCAGGCAUCCAAAGGGCUGAGCGACCUGGAGAUCGGGAUGUACGCUUUACUGGGCGUCUUCUGCCUGGCCAUCCUGGUCUUCCUCAUCAACUGUGCGGCCUUCGCGCUGAAGUACAGGCACAAACAGGUGCCCUUCGAAGAACAGGAGGGCAUGAGCCACCCCCACGACUGGGUGGGGCUGAGCAACCGGACGGAGCUGCUGGAGAACCACGUCAACUUCGCGGCCUCCCAGGACGAGCAGAUCUCGGCCGUGGACCGCGAGCUGGACGUGGAGGAGAGCAGGUACCUCCUGGGCACGCUCACCCAGAAAAGCACCAACGGGCAGCUGCUCGCGCCCGCGGGAGCCACGCUCGCGGCCGGGAGAGACCAGAGAGGCGAGCCCCCAGCGUCCCCUACCUCGAAAAGGAAAAGAGUGACGUUUACCACCUUCACCGCCCCCUCUCCGGAUGACGGGUGUCCCGAGGGGGGCACCACCGUGACGAGCAGGGAGGACAACAUCAAGUGGGUCUGCCAGGACCUGGACCCCGGGGGCCGCCCCGAGCUGCAGGGGUACAUGGAGCGGCUCCGUGAAAACGUGUGAGCCGACCGGCCCCGUCCACACCACUUGCAGCCUCCAGUGAGGCAUCAGGACCAAGGAGCCGGUGGGACAGGAGACGGGCGGCAGCGUCCACAGAGCCUCAGGAAGGGCCCCGCUCGGCGGGGGAGGCCCCGCCAGCGUGAAAGCUCACAUCCCGGCCCGCCAGGUCUUGCUCAGGGGAAGCUUCCCUCAACCUGCCCAGAAAGGACUCUGAAUCGCUGAGCUUCUGAGCGUUUCCAGGAAAGAACAGCCUCUCCCUUUAAUCCAAGAAGUUUGGGUUUCAUAAAAUCCUCGUGACUCCAAAAUUCAGUGUGACAGAGAAGAGAAGAGAAGCCAGGUUCGGGCGGAGCGCGCCUGAAUCCACGGGAGAGUGUACGCUCGCCCGCGCGGCCUGCCUGACUGUGAGCGUGAGCUUCGGCGGGCGCGGCCCUGAGCGGACACCUCCCGAAGGCCAGGCUGAAGCUGCCUGGGUUGUGACAGACCCAGGCAGGUGCUGGCGAGGACAGAAGGGCCACCAGUACCUUGUGACAACCUGCCAAGACAAACAUCACCGCUCUUCCCAGCCACCCAGAGCCAUCCUCACGGCGUGAGCCGAGGACACGGGGCACAGGGCCUCUGUCAGUCCCAGGACCAGGCUCCUCCAGCAGGUCUGCUCUCUGGCUUGUGCUCCUCCCUGCCUCCCCACCUGCCAGAGCCCGCGGGCCACCUGCGUCCGGGGCAGGGAGGGCAGGGUCCCCGAGUGCUCAGUCUCCUCCCCGGGGCUGUGUAAACUCCAGAGCAACCCAGGACGUGCAUCACCUGGAGGAGGCUGGUCCCGGGGAGUAGGCGGUAAGCACAGUGAAUUCCGCACCAAAGGAGGUGGGCGGUCCCCACGCUGUUCGCCUUGGCCUCCCACCAGCCACCGGCCAUCAGGCUGCCGAGACAGACCGGGGUCCGAGUGACUGAGCAGGGUGUGCGGGGUGGAGGCGGAGGCGGGGGGCUGCCCGGGCCUGUCAGCUCCGGGAUGGGGGCAGGAGAGCAGCUGCCACCAGGAGGAGGGGUCCCAUCAGCACCUGAUCCUCCCGUGGGCCGCUUAACGUCAGAAGGACUCUUGGAAGGCUCUCCGAUGGAAGACCUGGGGGACAGAGGGCUGGGAUGAGCAGAGAUCCUCAGCCAUCUCGCACGGAGGCAGAGCCGCAGGCUGGCGCAGCCCGAGGGGCAGGAGCUGAGAAGGUGGCGGAAGUGGCAGAGGGCCAUGCUGUCCGGCAGCCCCCUCCCCGCCUCUCUGUUUUUAACUGUGCCAUCUCCUCUCUGCCUCUCUCUGUCUCUCUGUCUCUGUCUCUCUCUCUCUGUCUCUCUCUGUCUCUGUCUCUCUCUCUC